CAAGCUGUCGUGACAGAAUCUUGCACAAUUACUUCAGAUUCUAAUGCACAGUCCAUUGCCGCUCCUUCUGAGAAUGUUUGUGCACAGUGUUUAUCUGCUACUGUUCCCUCAGCAAUGAUUUCGCCUGAUGACUUAUUGCCAUGCCCAAAUGAUUAUACUAUUAAAUGUUCUCAUUGCCAACCUUCUUUAAAUAAUGCGGCAAAUAAUUAUCAUCAUGUCAAAACAACGGGGACAACAAGCUAUCCGAUUCAUUUAGCAACGGUUUGUAAUAAAUGCCAGAGCAAUUUCACACAAGGUCUAUUUUGUCCAAUGUGUCUCAAAACCUACUCAGAAGAUGGGCAAGAAAAUGAUGACGACAAGUAUAUGGUCUGCUGCGAUAUAUGCGAUCGAUGGAUUCACGCUAGGUGUGAUGAUGUUCUUACACCUGAAAAAUAUCAAGAAUUGGCAGAUAUUCCAGAUGCUAAAUACACAUGUCCAUUAUGCGAAGGUCGUAUUCGACCACUAGAAGGAAAUAAGGUGCAACAAAACGCUUUGUCUGGGAAUCCAUCGGCUAAACCUGUGGCAAUGAUUCCAA